AUGGCCAGCCAACGGAAGGCUUCGUCGGUGUCCACCGACGCGGACGAUCUUAUCAACCACGACCACAAUGCCGUCAACAUCACGCUGAUGGGCCAGAAAUACCCCCCAAGACUGGACUCCCAGCGCAGCAAGUGCCUGCUGGUUUGUGCACAAAACUUUAGCCUCUUCCGGGCCAAGCACCAUUGCCGAAUGACUGUGGUGUUGCCCAAUGCUGGUCACUGCGACGUGACGUGCAUUUUGCAAAAAGCACCAUCCACGGUGCACUAA